UGUGUGUGUGUGAGGACCAUGUGUGCGCGCGUACAGCACGCCUCCCCGCAUCACAGGCACAAACGCGCACGCAUUGGCUGGCUAAAGAGAGAGAGGGAGAGAGAGGGAGAGAGGGGGUGGGUGGAGGAGGGUGGGAGAGGAGCCGGGGUGAGGGGGAGGCAACCGUCUCCCGUUUUGUUGCAAGAGGAGUCGCGAGGAGCCUCGGAUGACAGACAGAUCUGCUGCCUCACCGACUGCGACACCUGAACAAUCCCCCGAGCCGAUGAAGGAGAGCGAGCUGUAGGCGACAGAACAAGGAGGAGGAGAAGGAGGCUAUCCUAAAAAAUAAUAAAAAAGGAGAAGAAGAGGAGGAGGAGGAGGAGGAGAGGUAAGCGAGGGCAAGCAGCCUGCUGGCCGGGACACGGAGCCCCGUCCAGGAGGGGGAAGAAAUCACCGCCACGACCGUCACAUCACAUCACAGCUCCUGAGGUGACAAAGUCCCGGAGAGAGAGAUGUCGCAGAGGAAGAUAUUCCUGGUCCUCCUUUUUAUCAGCACUGUCAGUCUUCUGCUACACCAUGGGGGCCAUUUGAACUGGACCAUGGAGGCCUUCCACCUUGGUUGUCCUGCCAUCCAUUCUCACCCUGCCCCAGGCCUGAAACCGAAGCACACCAACGUGGCCUUCCUCAAGACCCACAAAACGGCCAGCAGCACCAUGCAGAACUUGCUUUUCCGCUUCGCGGAGCGCAACAACCUCACCGUGGCGAUGCCGGUGCAGGCCUGCAGCCACCAGUUCUGCUACCCACGCUCCUUCACCUCUCACUUUGUCCACCCGCACACGAUACCGCCCAACAUCAUCACCAGCCACAUGCGUUUCAACAGGGCGGAGCUGCAGCGCCUGAUGCCCAAUGACACAAAAUAUGUCACAAUCCUGAGAGAGCCCAGCUCCAUGUUUGAAUCUCUGUUUAGUUACUACAACCAGUACUGCCAAAGCUUCAAGAGGGUCCCCAACGGCUCGUUGGAGGCUUUCUUAGACGACCCUGGGCGCUACUACCGACCAGACGAGACAUUCUCCAUGUAUGCACACAACACUUUGGCCUUCGACUUGGGUGGAGAAAAGGAUCGCCCAGAGUCAGAUGUGGUGUAUGCACAGUCAUUUCUAAAAGAGGUGGAGCAAGUUUUCUCCCUGGUGAUGAUCGCUGAGUACUUUGAUGAGUCGCUGGUUCUCCUUCGUCAUCUCCUCAACUGGGAUCUGGAUGACAUCCUGUAUGUUAAGCUCAACAUGCGUACGACAAGCUCAAAGCGGAGCCUGACACCGGGCCUUCAAUCAAAGAUCCGUGCCUGGAAUUCCCUAGAUGCACGUCUCUACGACCAUUUCAACGCCUCGUUGUGGAGCCAGCUUUCAGAUCUGGGUCUAGACUGUGUGGCAAGGGAGGUGCGACUCCUUCAGCGAGCCCAGGAGAGGUUAUUGAGAAGCUGCUUUGGCGAGCGAAUGCCUCUUGUCCGUUCAGCGGCAGAGAUCAAAAACAAGGAACUCCGACCCUGGCAGCCUAGUGGAAAAGUCGACAUUGUGGGCUAUGACCUCCCGGUUAAUUCGAGCCCCGGGUUCUCGAGCCAAGCCCAGGAGCUCUGUCUUAAACUUAUUAUGCCAGAGAUCCAGUACUCACGGGUGCUCCUACGUUCCCAAUCAUUGCGCUACCGUCGAGGCUACCAGCUCCGGACUCCACAGAUGUCCCAUCCACCCCUGCAGCCCAUACGCACAGUCCUGCCUCGGCAUCCUCAAGUCCAACGCAGCCAACCUCCUCCUCCUGCAGCUCCUGGACCUGCAUCAGAAUCAGGGUCCCCCUCCACUUCAAAGCCUGUUGCAGGAACUCAAGGUCGAACCACAAAGUUAGGACUUAAAUCCUCACAGACCCAGGCCUCAUAGACUGGAAAUAAAGACUUGAAUACAGUGCCCAACAGACUGCAUUGUUCUACCGAUCCUGGCCCUUAAGACAACGGUACUGGGUUGGUUUGUAUUGGAAACAAAGGUGUCUCUCUGGGCCCUUCCAGACAGAGUUUGUGAUAAAAAUAACUGGAAAAAUGGGGGUGGGAGGUGAAGGGGGGUUUAGACAAAACUGGACUUGAACUUGAAUCUCUCCCCUCUCUGGUCUGUGAAACAGUAUCAGAGUUGGCAGACAUGAAGGCAGGAGAAAUCUACACGAGGACUUGGCUAAAUUGCACGCCUCUCCACGGCGACCACAGCGGAUGGGAGAGAGUUUUAGGUAAAAGUGGCUCUUUGAAGCAAAUCUGUUAUGUGCGACCAGGACUCAAUAGGGAAGUGGCGAUAUCGGGGCCUAUUGUGAGGCACAGUGUGGGCUUUGUGUGUAUCACACUGGUAUAGUAUCACGUUUCUUGCUUUCAUUCUCUGUUUCUCGAGCUCUCUUUCACUCUCUCUCCCUUAUAUAUGCCAUUUAAAGUCCUUGAGAGAGACAUAAUGACAUAAGGGGAUCAGCUGUCAGGCUUCCAAAGAGCCUCCUAAGAGGCUAGACAGACAUUGAGAUAACCUAAAACCAUUAAUACAACAGCACAAUCAACAACUCUUCUCGUCCCCUUCUCUUUUGCGAACUCUAGAGCCUAAAGUAAUAUAGGGAGGAGCGUUAAGAGGCCCGACAGACAGAGAAAGAAAGACACCUUAUCCAGAGGGUCAGCCUACAGACUGCUUGGUACUCAAUUUGGCCACCCAUUAUCAGUCUGAACACUCUCAUGAAAAGCCUGUGUCCCUUCAGCCUUUGCAUCCUCCAUACUCGCAUCCCUGUCGGUCAGCCUCUCAAUCCAGAGAGAAGCACUGACAUGUUGCUUUCUUCAACCUGGUGCACCUCUUAUCGAAGGUCUCCCCCUGCGGACCACCAGCUGAGAUCUUGCACCGUGGGGACUUUGCGCCGGAAAGUCAAGAUUCCUUGAUGUUGGGGUUUUAUUUAAAAUCUUAUUGCAAUAAGAUCUACAUGCCUACGCUCUGUGUGAAAGGCGUGGAUUUAAUAACGUACCAGCAAACCCCACACACACACACACGACACUGGCACAAACAAACAACCAAAAAAUAAAUAUGUGAAACAACGCCACAGGACAAAGACUCGAAUCCUGCAGGGUCGCUGUGUUUGAAUAUUUAAUCAUCUCCUCCGACUGUACGGCCGAUGUUCUUGGGUUACAUUUUCAUUAAGAACGCGAUGACCAGGCGACGACUGCUCGGAGGACAAAAGCGAGAGGUGUAUCAACGUAUAUGUGACGCUUAAAUCCUCGCAACGCUGGUGGUGGGGCCCGGCUCGGUCUGGCUGGGAUCUUUAAAAAAGAAGAAAAAAAAAAAGUCAACACUUACUUCAGCUGUGAUCCAUUUUUAAUGCAUUCUGCUCAUAUUUAAUGUCGUUUAUGUUCUUUUAUUCCUCCAGUGAUCAGCGGGGUACUGCUAAGUAACUGAGGUGCGGGGGAAGGGUGUGUGUAUUUGUGCGAAUGUGUGCGUGAGUGUGUGUGUGUGUGUGUGUGUUUGUGACUCUAUUUCAUGUUUUUUUUUUUUAUUCCCAUGGCCAGCCAAGUUGGCAUGGCAACAAAAGGAAGUAAUGUGUGUGAGAUUUAUGAAAUCUAUGUAUUAUUUAUUAUCAGAAUCGGAACAGUGGAGGGUCCCAUUACUGUAUUUUUAACUGUAAACUUUCAUGAAUCACUGGAUAAAAUCUGUUCUUUGCCAUCGAGUUACCGGACCAAUAUGUUCAGUAUGCCACUUCAGGAACAAGAUGUUUUGUUUUACAUCAUGCAAAACUGCAAAAACCACUCCCCCCCCCUCAAAAGAAACGCACAUUGAAACAAGUGUAGUCACUUUUAGAAUUAAUCUUUCAUUCAGCGGCGCUUAAGUGCUCAACCACACAAUGCUUCUUGUGGUUGGAGCCUGUCGCGCUGUAGGUUACGAUAAUGAAAGACACACAAACCACCAUCGCUGCUGCUGCUGCUGCUGCUGCUGCUCCGGCAGGAAAUAGAAAGAAAGUGGAGCGGGUGGAAUAACAGAGCGGAGGAUAAACAGUUGAAGUGGCUGUGAAUAUUUAAAUUCAAAGUGUGCUUAUCUGAACUUACCGGGGGAACCUCAGCUUUGAAAGACACGCAGCAGUUUCUAUUUAUUUACAGGUAUUUUGAAAUAUGUUCAAAUAUGUGUAAUAUUUAUUCGCAGUACAAUACACUGUAAAAAAAAA